AUGGAUAUGGCACUGGAAAAACUGCUCCCUGCCAUUACAAAAUAUAUGCGGGUGCUAGGACAGUUCUUUCUCCGUCAAGCCGUCCAAAGUUCCUCGACAGCAGGCAAACCCCAGGACUAUCGCAUUAGCGGCACUGCGUUUAUCAGCCUAAUGAAGCAGGUCCGCGUGUUUCCGCAGCUUUUCCAUCGCCGCGAGCUCGAAAAUGCUGUGAGACUAUCGAGCUGUUCUUCCCCCGAGAGCGAAGAGCUCAAUUUUCCAGAGUUUAUUGAAGCGUUAGUACGAUGUUCGUGUACUCUUCGAUGGGGAGAACUCGAUGGGAACAAACCGACAGCAGAUACGAACGAUACCGUGGUCGUUAUCAAGUUUGUGAUGUUGAUAUUUGCCAUGGAGGGGCAGGGAACGGUGCUGAAGAAGCGGAACGAGGACGUUGGAGCGAUUUUGGGGUUUCUAGGAGAGCAACAGAAGAAGAAGCAGGCGGAGAAGAUGAUCCGUUUCCGCAAGAUGCUGUCGGAUAACAAGCGGCGAGUGCAAGCGUCGAGGAAACACCAGAUCCCCACUGUA